UCCGUAAAAUUUACCAUGUAAAUAAAGGACGCAUUUUCUGUCUAUUUUGGUUGGCAACUUUGGCUUGGCUACCCAAUCAUGAGAAAAGUGGAGCAAGAGUUUCCAUUUCACCAAGAAUUAUAUAAGUGGCUGUAUGAGACAGAAUAUAGCAGAAAUUAUGGCAGACAACAUCUUCCAACGUAUGAACCCAAAAAUAAACUACUUGUUCCCAAAGUAUUUAAAGAAACGACAACUGCCGAACAGGAGAAUGUCACCCAUCCAAUCUCAAAAAAUAAAAUAAAAAGCAGUGGCACUGUUGGUAUACAGGUAUCAGAAAGUAACAUACCAAGAAAAGAUGCAGCUAACUACUAUUCCGGUGACAAAACUUAUAAUAAAACACAUUCUACCAUUGGUAUACAAGUAUCAGAAAAUGCAGCUCCAAUAAAAAAAAGUAUUUUGAAAACACCACAAAAGAGCCAGCAGAAUCGACCAUUAACUGCACCAAUCAUUCAUUCAAGAGUGAAGCGCAGUGAAAGGAAAUCUUUGGAUGACACCUAUGUUUUAUCAGAAAGAAGAAAAAUCUUAGAUGAAAAUCAUAUUGAGAGAAGUAAUGAUAUGAAGUAUUAUUCAAGUAUCUUAAAUACUUCUGCUGGUAAAGAUUCGUCAUUAUAUGAAAGAGUGCCAUUUAUACAACGUAAGAAAAAAGUGAUGCACAGAGAUGAUCACGUUAAAUUAGAAAUGACUGGUGUCAGUGCUGAAGAGCUGUCUGGUAGUGUUUUAGACCUACAAAAUGAACCAGCAUUUACAAAGAAAAAAAUAUCUUGCUACCCUAAAAAUCACAAUAUCUUGCGUACACAUACAAUAGAAGAAAUCGAAAAUGAUGUAGAAAAAAAUGUUAAAGAAAAUUCUGAUCCUAUUUCAGAGGUUUGUAAAGAAGAAUUUGAUGAUGACAAAUUUAACUGUUUUAAAUCUCUUAAAAAUUAUCAAUAUUAUAAGUCAAAGUCUUUGCCAAAUAGCUAUCGGACAAGUUACAAUGAUGAUUUUGAUACUCUUACACGAACUGUCAGCUCACCAAUUGUAUUAGCUGAAAGGAAAGUUGGCAGUAGAAAUAAUGUCCCAGAUAUUUUUGACCGAUGUAUGGCAGAUGUCAGAUAUACAAAAGGCAGUGAGUCCUUAUUUAGAAAAGAAUAUGAUAAAAGUCGAUAUGAAACAGAAUAUGACCAAUCGUUUCGAAAAAAAUCGAGUGUGGAAUAUAUUCCAAAAAAGCGAUAUGAAGUAUUGUCGGCAAAUGAAGAUGAUUUUUUUGACUACUACGAUCAGGUGAUACAAAAUAGACAAGUGGCUUAUAAGCCUAUCCUUCGAAGUUUUCUAGACCAACAACUGCGAAACCAAGAAAAACGUUCAGAGGAACGCAAUAUUGAAAAUGGAAGUAAAAAUAUAUAUCGAAAUGGAGAAACUUUGCACCGUACUAAACAUUACGAUCCUUUGCAAUAUUCAGAUAGGUAGAACUUCUCCAAUUGCUCAUGUACAGUUAAAAAAUUUUUGAAUGUUUUUUGCUACCAUAAGACGUCAAAGUAUCCUGCGUUUCCACCACAAGCGCUUCUGUGGUGUAUAAAAAUAUACUGUAUAUAUCUGAAUUUUUAAGAAUGUUUUAAAUUUUGUAAAUAUUUGUAAUAUUUUUAUUUUUAUUUAAUUUUUAUCCACAUAUACACAGGAGAUUGAAGCUGUAUUAUUUAUUCUACUCAAAUAUGCCAGCCAUACUUUUUCGUCUCUCUUUCUUCAGCACGUACAUCUUUUUAAUUUUAACUGAUAAUUUUUUGCGUCUUACAACUUUGGUUUAUAUAAUAAACCCAAAAACACAAGGAAUCAGCCUUUUGAUAACAAUGUCAUUAUUUUCACUACAAACUUUCCUGGGGUCACGCCAUAAGUCCCAUAAGAACGCUUGCCUUACCAAUUUUAAAGUUUAUCUCACAAAAUACUUUUAAUUUAAAAUGAUUUCUCUAGAAAAAAAUGACAAAAUUUCUAUAAUUUUCAUUGACCUUUUUGGCGCCAAUUUCAUCUGCAACGUGAAAAUACCUAAGCAUACACCUGGAAAGAAAGAGAAGUCCCUUGUUUUUAAAACGUAGGUAAGCUUUUGUGAGGUAUUUGUAUUCAGCUUGUUAAAGCUUGUGAAGUAACGUAAAGAAUACUCAAGUAUAUUUAAGUUUUUUGAAGAUUUUGAAAUUAGUUGUAAACAAACAGCAAACAUAACAUUUUGUGUCAAUAAUUAGGAAAAUUAUUGAAAUAUUUUAUGUUAUCACUUUUGGGAGGGGUCAAUUUUUAAACAAAAUUUGGGUUUUGUCACUUCGGGAAAAACCACUAAAAUGUCUUAUGCUCUAGAAAAUUACUACUUAUAAUUUUCAUCGAAAAAUGUCCACGCCCUUUUCUAAUGUUUCCAAGUGAUCUUUCGCUUUUAAAGUCUUGUUAGCUUUUUUAAAAAGCAGUGGCGGCAUCAAUAUUAACGCUUUAUGCAAUAUGUUGAAGUGGUGGACAAUAAUCCUAUUAGUGUAUAAUGCAAUAGCAUUCGUCAACCAAAAGUUUUACCAGUCUCUCCGGAUGGUAGCAUUCCUUGUACACUUUAACAGAUUACCCCUAACUGGGACUUGAAUGGUUGGACUUUAUUCUGUAAUGGUUGGCUUCAAACUUUCUUUUGAAUUAUUGAACGAGAAAAUUGUAUUGAGUGCACGCCAGUUUUUUCUUGGAAUUUGAUUUGUUGUUUGA